AUAACCACAUGUAAUGAAGUAGUUAACCACUGAAAUGAAGUAUCAAAACUAUUUGAAUGAAGCCUCGGAGAAGAGGUUUUAUGAUGGUGAGUUUGCGCGUACACAUUCGCCAAAACCUGAUGAAGGGAUGGAUAGUUGUGUGUGUGGAAGUGAGCAUGGAAUGAGGGUACAAGGAGAAGUGUCUGAUUCAUCGAGUUUAGAUGCUCAGAUUGAAUAUUCAUGUGAUGAUGCCAGAGAUUUCGACUGUUGUUCUGAACGUGGGAUGGUGGAGGAGGAGGAUUGUGACAAUCCGGGAAGUGUGCUUUCAGUGGACGAAGCUCUUGAUCUUGAUGCUGCUAAUUCAGAUGUGGCUGAUGUAUCAAGUCCGUCCACUGCCCUGCUUAGUGAUAAUCAUGGAGUUGAGGAGAAUGAAGAUGGGAGCCUCGAAGGCCAACGAGAUAUUGGAAGCUGAGAAGAAGAUCAAAGAAGCUACUGCUCAGGGCAAAGAGUCAAAGCAGAAAUCCCCAAAACACGAGGUUGGCUUGACUUUCGUAAAUCAUGUUUGUUGAUUAUCUGAACAUUUCCAUCUUGAAAUGGAAUAGUUGGAUUCUGAUCUUGCUGUUAAUCAAUGUCUUUCCCUUUUAUCCGCAGCCUGAAUCAAAAGCAAAAGUUGUCAAUGAUAUCAAAAGGUAUAGAUAUAUUAAGAUUCUUCGUUAUCUAAGUGUGGAUGCCUCAUAACUAAAGCAUUUUUUCGUUGCCUUGCAUUUUUUGUAGGGGUGAUAAAGAAUCAAGAAACAAAUGAACUCAGGUCCCUCGGCCCUCUGCUCUGACGGAAGUUUCCAGUAGAGUGAAGCCUGCAGGUGCUGUGCCUGAACGAAAUGUAAAGCAGGAUACUUCUAGAUUUAGUUUCAAAUGCAACGAACUUGCAGAGAGACGUAAAAGUUGUUGUUUCUCCUUCAUUCGAGUGAUAUGUAAAGAUAGUUCUGUUGUUGAGAACUCUCUCUUGCAGUUUGAUAUGAAGAUAGACAAGAAUAUUCGUGCAAGAGAAGACGAGAGACGCAAAAUUCAGGCAAAAAUUCAGCAAAAAGCAGAAGCUGAAAUCAAGCAGCUGAGGAAAACCUUGAACUUCAAUGCUAGACCGCUGCCCUCGUUUUACCAUAGAGUCGAGCGCGAGCCACAUCAAACCAAGCGACGCGUAGCUAGAAACGCGAAACCAACGACAAAAUGCUUGAGCCGUAGCAGCAUCUCUGAGAGGUCGAGAGCAAGCUCGAAGGCAGGCACGGAGAAAGGGUGUGGAGGUCGAAAGACGAAUGUUGAUGAAUCACGGUCGUCGAGCUGCCAUUCGACAGUGACGUCGGAUAGCAGCCCGCCGUCCCCGGCCGUAAGUAGCUAGGUAGGUUGGUGGGAAGAAAUACAGAAAGAGAUAAAAAUGCCUUCAAAGGGCCAUAAGAUCUAACAAGAUUACAAACUGUUUAGUGCAAUGCUCUCUCAGAGUUAAAUACUUUUUGAUGCAAAAUUAAUGAUGUAAAUUCUAGUUGCCACGAGAUAUUGGACCUAUUAUAUUUA